UUAAUCUCCGGCUUGGAAUUUCGGACCUUCAAAAAUCAAAACCCUCAAUCUCUCACUCACGCGGUGGCAUCCUCAGUGCGUUGAAGAAGGCAGGCUGCUUAUUCCAUUCAGAGAAUAUUAGGACAACAACCCAUGAGCUGCUUUAACUGUUUUGAGGAAGAUGAUUUCAAUAAGACUGCUGAUGGGGGAGGCCUGCAUACUGUGAAAAGUUCAGCAGGUAAAAGCGGAACUCAACACAGCAAAGAUGCCUCAACCGGUGGUGUUCAAGCUGUGAAAGUUCAACCUAUUGCAGUCCCUGCAAUACCAAUUGAUGACCUUAGGGAGGUCACAGAUAAUUUUGAGACUACUUCUUUAAUAGGGGAGGGUUCAUAUGGAAGAGUAUAUUAUGGGGACCUCAAAAAUGGGAGGGCUGCUGCAAUUAAGAAGUUGGAUGCUAGCAUACAACCAGAAGAUGAAUUCUUGGCACAGGUGUCUAUGGUUUCAAGGUUAAAACAUGAAAAUUUUGUUGAACUACUUGGUUAUUGUGUUGAUGGAAAUCAGCGUGUACUUGCUUAUGAAUUUGCAUCAAAUGGAUCACUUCACGAUAUUCUUCAUGGGAGGAAGGGAGUAAAAGGAGCUCAGCCUGGCCCUCUGCUUUCCUGGGCCCAGCGAGUUAAAAUUGCUGUAGGAGCAGCUAAGGGCCUUGAAUAUCUACAUGAAAAAGCUGAACUUGAACUUGUGCAUCGAGAUAUCAAAUCCAGCAAUGUACUAAUUUUUGAUGAUUAUGUAGCUAAAAUUGCUGACUUUGAUUUAUCCAAUCAGUCUCCUGAUAUGGCAGCUCGUCUUCACUCAACUCGUGUCCUUGGGACAUUUGGUUAUCAUGCUCCUGAAUAUGCAAUGACUGGGCAGCUAAAUUCAAAAAGUGAUGUAUAUAGUUUUGGUGUUGUCCUUCUUGAGCUGCUCACAGGACGUAAACCUGUUGAUCAUACCCUACCACGAGGCCAACAAAGUCUUGUUACAUGGGCUACCCCAAAACUCAGUGAAGACAAGGUUCGACAAUGUGUUGAUGCAAGACUGGGAGGAGAAUAUCCCCCAAAGGCAGUUGCAAAGUUUGCUGCUGUUGCUGCCUUGUGCGUACAAUACGAAGCUGAUUUUAGGCCAAACAUGGGCAUUGUGGUGAAGGCACUCCAGCCUCUUCUGAAUACGCGGCCUGGAAUUGGUGGUGAAGUGGGUGCGGGACACACAUGAUAAUUGCAGCAGCCAAGGGAACUCAGCCUGGUGAAUUCUAAAUAUUCUGUACUGAUGCCACUGAGGUCUAGACGCAUUGCAUUGGCGGAAUUAGUCUGAAAUCUGAAUCGGUUGACUUUAAUAUUGUAGAUGCAGUAUAAUGAAUAUGUCUGUGUUUGGAUGGCGCCAUGGCGGUUGGUCUGCAUAAUGCAAGCCCGUGCCCGUGAAAGCGCGUCCGUUGUGUUCGUUGCGGACUUCUUUAGACCUCAGUUUUGAUCGUCACGUUUUUGUUAUGCACAAAAUUAAAUUAUGGCAAGGCGUCAUGAAGAGGACCUACUGCCACACAAUUUCUGUACCUUGAGAAAUACAAUACAAUACACAUAAGGCUCGCUCGCUUUAGAUUUAUUAGAUCUAGACGCAAGUCUAAGGCAUCACAUUUUCAAAUGUUAUUAUAUAUGAAUUUCUUUUACAUAUUAGUUGUAAUACCAAAUCAUUAAUAAUUAUUGCUAUUAGUCCUCGUAUAUUUUAGUUAGUAAAAAGGAUUUCAAUUAAAGUUA